AUGGUCAACUUCAUUCUUUCUCUGACGGUGGGCUUUGGCCUCCUUAACUCUCAGGCCAUCGCAGCCCCCACCGCUUCCCCUACCGCCGAAACCACUGGCGAUACCCGUUUCUCCUUUGUCGAUUGGACGAACUCAAUCAUCACACACCCCGAGACCGCCCUUUCUCCACAGGAUGCAAUGAAAGCUUUCCUGGAUACGGCGAGUGCACCGGCGAAACCCAUGGACUUCAAUCACACAAUCGGGUGCCCAUAUGACUUGGAUGUCGAUGUUUCAGCGGAUCUUUGCCUCCUGGGGGGAGAUGCCCCGGGGAAGACCAGCGAAGCCACCGGCCGUCCCCACGUCCCUGGUCGUCCUCUUUUGUUCCUGGUUUACACUGCGUUUCAGAGUGCGAUUUCCAUGCCUCAGAGGGCUGGUUGGGGGUCAGAGGAUCCAAAUAACCGUGGGAUGUGCCGGAACAUCGCCCAAACCGCUGCUGUCGCCGUGGACAAGUGCAUUCUAGCGAACGGCAGGGUGGCGGGCGGUACAGACUACAACGUGACGGGUACCAAAGUUGGUGUGAUGAUCAUUAAGAAUUUUGGGGCCUUUGCUUGGCCUUGA